AGUUUUCUUCUAUCCUUCGGUUCGUACGGACGCGCGAUCAAAAGCUAUUCCCCAUUCUUCGCCAGCAAUUCACUACAGUAGUUAGGUGCAGCAGCAGUGUAUGUAAUUGAAUUAUCCCUCUGUGUCGUUUCAUUGCGUUGGUCGAAGAUGCGAGCCCAUUCAUACGGGUCGCUUGCGGUACUCGCCUUAUCGUUGAUGAUAGGAACCGCCAGUGCCAAACUGUUCGUCAAUCCCUAUCCGAGCUACCAGCAUCUGAAGAGCUACAGCUCUGCUUUCGCUGUGGACGGAGAGGACGUCGGUGAACCGCUGUUUCUGACGCCCUUUAUUCUUAAUGGUUCCGUCGAAGCUGGACGUAAUGCGGCCAAAGUGAACCAUUCUGCCAUCCCGGCGAACAUCGAGAGCUACUCCGGUUACCUGACCGUAGACGGAAAGCUCAACUCCAACCUUUUCUUCUGGUACUUUGUGGCUGAACACGAUGUUCAGGAUGACGCUCCGGUGGUCAUCUGGCUCCAAGGUGGUCCAGGGGCUUCCUCUAUGUAUGGCUUGUUCACCGAAAACGGACCGUUCUCGGUGGAUAACAAGAUGAAGUUGCAUCCCCGGAAGUACUCGUGGCACUUCAACCAUCAUAUGAUCUACUUCGACAACCCCGUUGGAACAGGCUUUAGCUUCACCGAUCACGACGAAGGCUACAGCACCAACGAAACGCAAGUAGGCUACAACCUCCACAACGCUUUGGUGCAGUUCUUCCUGCUGUUCCCUGAUCUACAGAAACGCAAUUUCUACGUUACUGGUGAGUCUUACGGAGGAAAGUACGUCCCAGCUGUGUCGCAUGCCAUUCACCGCUACAACGAUAACGCCAAGGUCAAGAUAAACCUCAAAGGAUUGGCCAUAGGCAACGGACUGUGUGAUCCGCUCCACCAACUUGUCUACGGAGAUUACCUCUAUCAGCUGGGGUUGAUCGACUCCAAUGCCCGUGACGAGUUCCACGCCUACGAAAAGAAAGGACGGGACUGUAUCACCAAGAACGACAUGAACUGCGCUUUCGAGGCGUUCGAUGCGCUGAUCAACGGCGACAUGUAUUCCAGCGGAUCGCUAUUUAAAAAUGUCUCCGGCUUUGAAACAUACUUCAACUACCUACAAACCAAACCGGAUCCCAAGGACGAUUACAUGGUGAAGUUCCUAGAGUUGCCGGAAACCCGUAGGGCAAUCCAUGUUGGCAAUAACACCUUCCACGAGUUGGACAGUGAGAACAAGGUUGAAGAACAUCUGAAGCUGGACGUGAUGAAGUCGGUGGUGCCCUACCUGGAGGAACUUUUGAACUCCUACCGAGUGGUGAUCUACAACGGUCAGCUGGAUAUCAUUGUGGCCUACCCAUUGACCAUGAACUACGUGCAGAAAUUAAACUUCCCGGGUCGGGAUCAGUACAAGAAGGCCCCUCGCUACAUCUGGAAGGUGGACGGUGAGAUUGCCGGGUAUGCAAAGGAGGCCGGAAAUUUGGCCGAGGUGUUGGUUCGAAACGCAGGCCACAUGGUUCCGAAGGAUCAACCCAAGUGGGCGCUGGAUCUGUUGAUGAGACUCACCCACGGUAAAGGUUAUGCCUGAGCGGUUGGGGCUAGAUUAGUGCUGUGGAGUUGGUGAACAAUUCAGUUGAGAAGGAAGAAUGAAUAAUAUAGUUCAAACAAUAGAUAUAUUUUAACUAAAA